UCAAGUCUUUUUUUAAUUAUUAUUUUUGGAAAAGAUUUAGUGUUAAACUUUUGUAACUUGUUAGCUACAUAAGCUAACAUUCAGUGGUUAUUAGCAUGGCUCUGUGAGGAGUCCAAGAAGUGAGUUUAGACAUUUGUGACAUUGAUGGCCUUCCAUACUUGUUUGUCGCUCCCUUUUGGGUGUAUUACAACCGAAAACGGCUUCUGAGGGAAUUCCACACGCCUACUUCUGGUUUACCGCGCUUACUCAGUGGUUUUUAAACCCCGGUCAGUUCUUGGGAAGGUGGGCCGACAUGUUGAAUCCCUCCCUGUGUGUUUUUCUUUAGGUGAAGUUCCAGUUAGGGGAAGUGAGUGUGGUAGCGUUGGUAGCAUGUCCCGGCGUUAACGCUGCAAAGCAACACCUCUACACCCUGUAACGAGGUUUUUGGACUAAACUUCACACUUGGAGGCGUUUGGAGGAUUUAGACACAUACAGGAGCGUGUGUAGCUGAUUGGCAACGUUAAGGAGUCACAAGCUGCAGGAGGGGAUGAAGAACUAACAGACGCGACAGCAGCUCCCUCAGUGAGAAAAAAGAAAGGAGAAGUAACUGAAAUGGCAUCCCAGGAAGGGGAGGAGCCAAAUGACAACAGUGGUCAAUCAGACAGUAGGUUGAAGAACAAGAAGCCACCCAGCCUGGUGAUUGCAAUCCCGCCUAGCGAGGAUCAAGAGAGAACUUUAACAGAGGCACAGCCCUUAAGGCCAUCAGUAAAGAAAAGCGUCAGUAUGCAGCAAUCAAAUGAGGCUUUGUCAGACAGCGGGACAAAUGAGAGGAGAGCGACGUUCCGCAGACAGACGUCUCUCUCUCAGAGCAUCCGCAGGAACACGGCACAGUGGUUUGGCGUCGGUACGGACUGUGAAAAUCAGCAGCAGGUGUGGCAGAGGAAGAGUCUGCGCCACUGUAGCCUGCGCUAUGGCCGUCUGAAACCUCAGUACAGAGACCAACAGGAGGCAGCAAGCAUCGACCACAGCCUCGACUCGCCUGCCACUCACAAGAUGCCAAAGAUUGUGGACCCUCUGGCCCGUGGACGUCAAUUCCGUUACGACGAUGUGGAUCGGCCCAGGACGCCACAUUCUCACGCUCCUGCCCCUCAGACCCCAGGUGUUUCCUCCCUGUGCUCCUUCACCAGCCAGCGCUCAACUUACUCUCGGUUCCCACGUAGGAAGAGAGAGUCUGUGGCCCGCAUGAGCAUCCGCGCAGCCUCCAACCUACUCAGGGGUCGGCCCGGCCUGCAUGGCACCCAGGUGCCUCGAAGUUUUCCCCGGAGGAGUUUUGUUCGGCCCAGCUGGAUGGAAGAGGACACAGUGGACACAGCAGACACCUCCGACUCUGUCUUCUUUAGCAAGAUGGAUGCACAUGAGGACUUUUACUCAAUGGCAGAUGAUGUGUUUGAGUCCCCGCCCCUCUCCGCUUCAAUGGCCGUGGAUGGUUUGGUAGAUGAAGCAGGACGCUACCCCAGCUUUAAGGAUAUCAGCAGAGCUCCAGCUGCUAUGGUAAGCCCCGCCCUUCGGCGCGGAGGCCGCAUUGCGUCCCGAGUAAAGCACUUUGCCUUUGAUAAGCACAAGCGUCAGUAUGGCUUGGGCAUGGUUGGGAAGUGGCUGGACCGUCAGUACCGGCGGAGCCUGAGCAGCCAAGUGCAAAAACAGCUGGAUGACUUCCACAGCCACAGACCGUAUUUUACCUACUGGAUCACCUUCGUGCACAUCGUCAUUACGCUGUUGGCCUGCUGUACGUACGGCUUCGCUCCGAUCGGCUUCGCCCAGCACUCCAUCACUCAACUAGUGUUGAGGAACAAAGGGGUGUAUGAGAGUGUGAAGUAUGUUCAGCAGCAGAAUUUCUGGAUCGGCCCAGGAUCCGUAGACCUGAUCCACCUGGGAGCGAAGUUUUCACCCUGUAUUCGACGAGACGUAAAGAUAGCCGAGCGCAUGCAACGUGACAAAGAUGAGGAAAAAGAGUCUGGCUGCUGCGUGCAAAAUGAUAAUUCUGGAUGUGUGCAAACGCUCCGGGACGACUGCUCGGAGACACUGGCAACCUUCAUUAAGUGGAACAAAGAGAACGUAGAUAUCAUUCGUUCCUCGGGGGCGGUGUGCCAUCAGGACCCCAGGACAUGUCAGGAGCCUGCCUCAGCAGAGCCACACAUAUGGCCUGACGACAUCACACGGUGGCCAAUCUGUACAGACAGAGGCACAUGGAACCACACGGGUUACCGGCACAUGGACUGCACCAUCAGGGGUCGUCCAUGCUGCAUCGGAACUCACGGAAGGUGUGAGAUCGCCACGCGAGAGUACUGUGAUUUCAUGCAUGGCUACUUCCAUGAGGAGGCCACGCUCUGCUCUCAGGUUCAUUGCCUGGACGAGGUGUGUGGCCUGCUGCCGUUUCUGAACCCGGACAUUCCGGACCAGUUCUACCGGCUCUGGCUCUCUCUGUUCCUGCAUGCAGGUCUCCUGCACUGCCUGGUGUCCGUAGUCUUCCAGAUGACUAUACUGAGAGACCUGGAGAAACUUGCCGGCUGGUUACGCAUCUCCAUCAUCUACAUCCUCAGCGGCAUCACGGGAAACCUAGCCAGUGCUCUCUUCCUGCCAUACAAAGCAGAGGUGGGUCCAGCAGGCUCUCAGUUUGGUCUGCUAGCGUGCCUGUUUGUGGAGCUCUUUCAGGGCUGGCAGAUGUUGGAGAAGCCAUGGAAUGCCUUCCUCAAGCUGCUCGGCCUUGUUCUCUUCCUCUUCCUCUGUGGCCUGCUGCCAUGGAUUGACAACAUCGCCCACAUCUUCGGCUUCCUCAGCGGCUUGCUGCUGUCCUUCGCCUUCCUGCCCUACGUCAUCUUCGGCACCUUCGACAAGUACCGCAAGCGUAUACUCAUCAUCCUGUCACUGCUCGUGUAUGUGGGGCUGUUCUCCUCGCUCAUCGUCUGGUUCUACAUCUACCCCAUCAACUGGAAUUGGCUUGAGUAUCUCACCUGCAUCCCCUUCACCAGCAAGUUCUGCGAGCGCUAUGAUAAUGACCGCUUUGGCCACUAACAAUCUAGCAGUUUUGCUCAUUUGGCCAGACGACAAAUGGUUUGCUAACUGUGUGCUACCUAGCAUGCAAACCCUGGCCACUACAAUGUUGACCAUGUGGUGCACUCGCAUUCUUGUAGCCAUGCUAGUCCAGCGAACAGUACUGCAAGAUAAUACGUUUCUGUAAGCCAAGUACUGUAAAGAACCAAGAAGAAGUAAGGGAUUAGAAAAGCUGACUUACAGAUGCUACAGUGGUACUACUGCUAAAGUUUUGGGGGCAUUAUCAAGUCUUUUACAGUUUCUCUGAGAUCCACUGAUUUGUGCAGGCCUUCUACUGCAGGGGUUUUAGGCACAAUAUUUAUAAUCAUUCACAAAUUUCUUAUCGACACAAAUACUACAUCAGGGUACAUCUCGGUUCCUUGCCUUAAACUAGCAGUUUAUUGCUUUGGCAAGUGGGUGCCAUGUUAUUACACUGUAUAACACUGUAGAGGAUAUUGAAUGAUGCCUUUUGUGUCCAUAUGUUUAGGUUGAAGUGAUACUCCAGCAUUAUUUAACAUUAUCUAUAUCUACCAUAUAUUAAGAUGUGAAUUUUUUUAAGAGGAAGGUAUCUGUGGUAAUGCGUUACCAACGUAGGUGUGUAGGUCUGCUCAGAAAGCAUAAGUAACAAGAAUGAAUUUUUGCUGUAUUAAUCCAGUGUUGGAAGGUCGACAUGGAUAAGGUUGGUGUUGCAUUAAUUAUUCAUUUAGCUGCAGUAAUUGCUGCUGGUCAGGGUGGAUCCAGAGCCUAUCCCAGGAACACUCGGCGUGAGGGUAGUACACGGGAGUACACUCUGGAUAGGAUACCAGUCCAUCUCAGGGCACCAUACGAAUCACACAAUCCUUCAGACCUAGUGGCAGUAUACCUAUGAGCUACCUAUCUGUUUUUGAGGGUGGGAGGAAACUGGAGAACACGGAAGAAACCAGUGGACAUGUGGAGAGCAUGUGAAACUCCACACAGACAGUAACCCAAGCUCAGGAUCCAACUGGGGAACCUGGAGGUGUGAGGCACCAGUGCUACCCACUGCACCACCAUGCUGCCUGCAUAGCGUCUUUCACUUCAUACACUUUCCUUGGCACUGGGGUGGUACUCUCAAUGGUACAUCUUUUUGUAUGUAGUGUACCUUUAAAGUACAAGAAGGUACAAGAAUGGUCCUUAAGGUCCAAUUAUGUAUUUGAAAUUAUUUUAAAGGUUACACUACAGUUUACAUUCGUUACCACGUAAAAGAUAUGUACUAAAGGAACAGAAGAUGCACCCUUGAGGGUUCAACCCCAAUGACAAUGAAAGGUGCAGUUUAGUAAUUUUUGUGCCUCUUCUACUAGGUGGUGGAUUUUGAAAUUGAUCCAAACAGGGUCAAGGUCAAAGCAAGGUUAGAUUCCUGCAGUAAUUUUUUUUUUCAAUAGUUUUCUUCCUUGUUUGUCAUACAGAGGAAAUUACAAGUUCAUAUACAGGAACUCAAGGCCAGAAAAUAGGGCCUUGAGUUCCUGUAUAUGAACUUGUAAUUUCCUCUGUAUGACAAACAAGGAAGAAAACUAUUGAAAAAAAAAUUACUGCAUUUUUUGCCAGUGGUCUUCCAUUCUAAAUGAACAGGUUUUUCUUUUCUUUUUUUUUUUUUUUUUUUUCCCUUCUUCAUUCAAGGGAAAGGUGCCAAUGUUAUUGUGUGAGGUAAAAGCCCAUGUGGUACAUAUUCAGUGGUUAGAGAUUACGUUGUAUAACACUGAAGCAUCCCUAUAAAGUUUUUUUAUAUCUAUGUUUAGCUCUUAUGACACCAGGUAUGCCACUACCAAUGCAGCAACUCCUUAUACCUUUUACUACCUUGCCUUUGUGUCACUUGAGACCGAGAAUUGCAAAGACACUCCCCAGCUGACUGAGUUGCCAGUUUAUUAGGUACUCUAUAUGGCCAAAGGUUUGUGGACACCUGACCAUCUCACCAAUAUGUGCUUGUUGAACAUCCCAUUCCAGAUUUAAUCUCUGCUUUGCUGUUUUAACCACCUUCACUGUUCUAGGAAGACUUUCCUCUAGAUUUUGGAGUGUGGCUGUGUAGAUUUGUGUCCAUACAGCCACAAGAGCAUUCGUGACGUCAGGCACUGAUUCUGUGCAAGGAGGCCUGGGGCGCAGUCGGCGUUCCAGUUCAUCAUAAAAGUGUUCGGUGGGAUUGAUAUCAGGGUUCUGUGCAGGCCACUUGACUUCCACUACAACCUUGGCAAACCAUGUCUUCAUGGACCUCGCUUUGUGCACAGGGGCAUUGUCAUGCUGGAACAGAUUUGGGCCUCUUAGUUCCAGUGAUGGGUAAUCUUAAAGCUACAGCAUACAGAGAGAUCCUAGACACUUGUGUGCUUCCAACUUUGUGGCAACAGCUUGGGGAAGUCCCAUAUAUGGGUGUGAUAGUCAAGUCCACAAACUUUUGGCCAUAUAGUGUCCUAGUUUAGUGUACCUUUGUAGAUAUCAGGACCCCUCAGAUAUAUAAAAGUUCACUUUAGUCAAAGAGAGUGUUUUGAAGCUAAUGGGAACUUGUUGGCAUGAUGGUAUAAUAAACUGGCAACAUGGUGUGUACAUGUACCGUAAAAAAUUUUCAUAUUACAGUAAUAACAUAUCUCCUCAGGUUUUGAUAUUAUCAUAGUGUUAUAUUUUACAAAAAAGCCAUGUGUUUAUCUGUUCUCACUGGAUAGCUUUUUAACCGGAAAGGACUAAUCCCCUUCAGGAUACAGGUUUAUUAGCUGUCAUGUUUCUAACAUGCUGAGUAGGAGAUAUUUGUUUACUCAAACUCAUUCCCUAGCUUCUCCGAUUAGAAGUAGUAGUAAGACCUUAAAAUGUUCACUACAAUAUUGUGACUUGCUGGAAUUUGCUUUAUAUUGUCAAACCAAUUGUUGUUGCUUAUACCACAGCACUGUUGAAUUCUCGAUUCUGAUUGGUCAGAAGGUGUUGAUCUCUUUAACAGCACGACUCUGGCAAUUUCUGCUGCAAGGUUUAUAUUAAUGCUCUUGUUCUUGUUAUCGUUUCCAUAGUAACAAUUUACACUGGGCCUUAGAUGGUGGACGCUCCACGUAAAUGUAUUAAAAAAGGAGACGUUUAUUUAAUGUUUUUGGAAGGAGUCUCCAGUGUCAGCGCAUUGUAACAGUUAAAGCUGUUCCUUUAAAUUUUCUGACAUGACUUCAGGACGGAAGGCUUUGCUGUUUCUUUAAACUUUAAUAGAGAGAAAAUAGAAAGGCAGGUGAGGGAUUGACUGUUUAUAACAUAAUUGUUAACAAGAACUUGUUUUGUGGAUGUUCCACAACAUUAAAUGUGACUAUAAAUGAAUAAAAAGUACCACUUGUUGAUUUGUAA